UAUUUUCAAUAUAAAUGACACCAAUCAUCGUGACACUGAAAAUGAAAGAUGUAUUGCUAUAUUAAAUACAUAACACACAUCGAAUUCCUGAUUUUAGAGGAAAAUGAGUCUGUCGAAAGCCAACUGAAAGAAAACAGACUUUUGAUAGUGAACCCUGACUGCAUGGUAGGAGUACUAAUGGAAUAUAUCUUCAAUGAAGCAAAGAUCAACAGAAAAAUUAGGCGCGAUUUUGACCUCUGUACAGAGAAAGGCAAAGGAAAAGAUGUAAAAGAAUGUCUGGUAAGACAAUCGAUUCUGGCACAUCCAUGUCUAGUGUCCGAUCUAGGAGGUUAUUGGUACAGAAGAACAAAAUGAAAAAUUUCUCUCUUCCCUCAAUAAAUUGAAUAAAAAC